AUUAAUUUAAUUUACAUGCGAUAAUUAUACUUCAAACCAUUUUUAGUACUCUAAUGACAUUUCUGUGUGUAGUUAAUUAAUUAAAUUCUGCACAUUGCGUAUUUGAUGUAACUAUAUUUUCUAAAGUAUACUUGAUUAGUGAAAGGUAUCUUGAAUUUUAUUAUAUUAUGUUAAAAGGGUAGGAGAAGUUUUUCUAUGAAAAAGCGGUCAUUGAGACGAUCUCUGAAUCUUUGAAUUUGUAUUCUCACACGGAUCUUAAACGUUAUAGUAUAUACACGAGUAUUGUGAUUUGUAGAGUUUAGUUCGAGGAUAGUCACAUUAGUCAUUAAUGGAUAGCAUGUUUAUAAUUGUCAGUGUAAUACUGACAAUAUGUAAUCUUGGGAAAACUCAAUUAACUGAUAGCGAAUGCGCUCUAAAAUUGACUGGUCCGGGAAGGACAAGUUUUUUUGAUUUUAAUACUAAUACACUGAGGGGUGGUCCACUUGGUAUGGGUCAAUCUGGUCAAUGUAUAACUUACGAAGCAAUCAACCAAGCAUAUAUUGACGCGAGAAAAAGGAUCAGUGUAGCACAAACAAAUAAAAAUAAUUGGAACGCUCAAGAGUUGGCGUCCGUUGGGGAACUAUUGUUGGACAUAUCAACACAACUGACUAAAAAUUAUGGACUUUCGUACGAGGAAGUAGAAAAAGGAUUACCAACGAUUGAUACCUCCAAAACUUUAAUCAGAGAAGUGUGUCCGGCAUAUUUGUCAAACGUCGAAUGCAGAGUGGGUAAAUACAGAAGAUACGAUGGUCUUUGUAACAACGUUAAAUACCCAACGUGGGGUGCUACAAAUACACCGUUUUCGAGGCUAGUGGGACCGCUGUUUUCCGAUGGUAUGAGUGCACCGAAAAUCUCCGGUAUCAAUAAUGAAAAACUACCAAUGGCCAGAGUGGUUUCGAGGAUAAUGCACCCCGAUGAAGGAUUUCAUGAGCAUGCAGCUACCCUGAUGUUAGUUGCAUUUGGUCAGUUUUUGGAUCAUGAUUUUACCCUCAUGGGCACUCCUGCUGAUCCAAAAACUAAGAAUGAACCAGAAGAAUGCUGUAAUAGAUCUUCAAAUUUAAAACAUCCAUAUUGUAACGAAAUUCCCAUUCCUGAUGAUGAUUACUUUUACAGUAAAUUUAAUAUUAAAUGUAUUGAUUUUGUAAGAUCUUUUCCUGCAGUUAGACCAGGAUGUCGUUUAGGUUCAAGAAUAGGAUUCAAUACGCUGACUAGUGUACUGGAUGCAAAUACAGUGUACAGUGUAACUGAAGAAUAUAAUAGACAUCUAAGAACUGGUUUUGGAGGUUUACUUCGUAUGAACCCGGCAUUUAAAAAUCUCGGACUUAAGGAUUUGUUGCCUUUAAAAAUUCAAGAUCCAGACGAAGGAUGUACAAGAUUAAAUCCUUCACAGUAUUGUUUUGAUGCAGGGGAAGUACGUGUAAAUGAACAACUUGUGUUGACUACUAUGCAUACAAUAUGGGCUAGGGAGCAUAACCGAAUAGCUCGUGAAUUGAGUAAAAUGAAUCCUCAUUGGAAUGAUGAAAUAAUUUUCCAAGAAGCUAGACGGAUCGUUAUUGCAGAAAUUCAACACAUUACUUAUAAUGAGUUUUUGCCUACAUUGCUUGGAAAAGGAGUAAUGGAAAAAUUUGGACUACUAUUGCAAAAAGAAGGUUAUUGGGAUGGUUAUGAUAUAAAUGUAAGCCCCAACGUUCUCGCUGAAUUUUCAGCAGCUGCUCUUCGAAUUGGUCACACAUUUUUGCCAAAUUCAGUGGAGAGAUGGAGCAAGGCCCAUAAAUUUAUUGCUUCUAAAAAAUUGUCUGAUCUCAUUCGCCGCCCAUAUGAUUUGUAUAGAGCAGGAGUCUUAGACGAGUACAUAAUGGGAUUGACUAAUCAAGUUGCUCAAGCAAUGGACGAUUCAGUCACACAAGAGGUGACUAAUACAUUGUUUAAGAAACCGGGGCAAAGGUUUGGAGUGGAUUUAGUGGCAUUUAAUAUUCAACGAGGUAGAGAAUUUGGAUUACCGGGAUUUAUGGAAUACAGAAAAUUUUGUGGCCUUCCAGUUUCUGAUUCAUUCCAAAGCUUAUCAUUAGAGAUGCCAAAUUCUACGGUAAACCGAUAUACUACUAUAUACAAUUCUCCAGAUGACGUAGAUUUAUGGUCCGGAGGCGUGUCCGAAAAACCAUUACCCGGUAGCAUGGCUGGUCCAGUAUUUUCGUGUAUAUUAGCUACUCAAUUCAGUUAUGCCAGAAGAGGUGAUCGUUUUUGGUACGAACUGCCCAAUCAACCAUCUUCGUUUACUCCAGAACAACUUAAAGAAAUUCGAAAAGCUAGAUUAGCUCGAGUGUUAUGUGACAAUACUGAUUUGAUGGACACCAUUCAAUUGUGGCCAAUCGUUCUACCUGAUCAUGAAAUUAAUCCUCGAGUACCAUGUCGUAGUGGAAUAAUUCCAUCAGUAAACCUGAACAAAUGGAUUGAAUUGCCAGUGUCUUCUAAUUAGAAAAUCAAAUGUAAAUAACGAUUAGCUAUAGAUGUUUUUAAAAAUAUGUAUUCAUAAUUAUGUCUAUGUAGUUAAUAUAUUGGGUUAUUAUUUUUUUA